ACCCUUGAAAGGUGUGUCACUUAGGAGGCCUUAUAAAGGAAGAGCAGAGAGGGGGUUCAGACAUCAGAAACACACCACACACGCAGGUACACAGCAGGACGUCUUUGAGAGAGAGAGCGUUCACAAACCGGAGAAGUACACCUUUCUUCCUUAACACCAAUGGGUAAAGAAGCGAGAAUGGGGUGUCCUGUGUGGAUGUUGGCUUUGGCUAUGCUGUGUGCAAGUGGCACAGGGGUUCGAGCCCAGUGCUGGGAAAACACUGGCUGCAAAGAUCUAAGCGCUGACAGAAAUAUCCUGGAAUGCAUCAAGCUGUGUAGAUCUGAGCUUACAGCAGAGUCUCCUAUCUUCCCCGGAGACGGCCACCUCCAGCCUUUCUUGCUCAUUCCCAAUGAAAUUUCUGCUGCUACGCUUUCCACUCCACAAGAAGAUGUAGCUCCAGAGUCUGGUCCACAGCACGAAGACAAGCGUUCCUAUUCCAUGGAGCACUUCCGCUGGGGUAAGCCUGUGGGUCGCAAGCGCCGGCCCAUUAAGGUGUACGCCAAUGGGGUGGAGGAAGAGUCAGCCGAGGCCAUGCCGGCGGAGAUCAGGCGCGAGUUAGGGGCUGUCGAGGACAGCACCGUCAGCCAGCAAGAGAAGAAAGAUGGUGCCUAUAAGAUGAAUCACUUUCGCUGGAGUGGUCCACCCACCAGCAAACGCUACGGAGGUUUCAUGAAGUCUUGGGAUGAACGCAGCCAAAAGCCACUGCUUACACUUUUCAAGAACAUCAUCAACAAAGACGGACACCAGAAGAAGGACCACUGAAGAACUGUUCAGUAACAUCAACAUUAUGUAGAAAGAUACUUAUUUGUUCCUAAUUGCCCCCCAAACUCAUACUCAGUGCAGUUAAAGAUUAAAGUGAAAACUUGAAAGACUUUGUUAACUAAGAGUAGUUUCUUCUGGUAUCCAGCAGUAGAUUCACCAUUCAGAAUUUCCAAUAAUUGUGGAUUAGAGGUUAUAUGUUGAUUAAAUAUUGAUUAGAGGCUGAUGGUUAACCAUUUGUAUUUAUUUAAAUGUACUAUAUUGUAUAUUAUGAAGAUGUUAACUAUAAAAUGAUUGUAUUUCAAGCAGCAAAUGUCAAGGUGAUUAUUUUGAAUGGAAACCCACUAAGCCAUUAAAAAUGUAAGCACACAAGGCAAGAAGAAGAAAAAA